AAAGACCACGAGCCUCCGAGCUCGACCCUCUCUCUCUCGCACGGAAACAAACCCAGGGAAUGAAGAAAGGUCAAGCGAGAGGCUAAGUAUUCGCACGCGAAUCUCCGUCCGCCAUUGAAGACGAACCUCCAGAACACUCAAAACCCCUUUUUCCCCUUUCUCCUGUUUGGUUUUGUCUCCGAUCUUCUCCUCGAAGAACCGUCGAUAACGACAGAAGCAAUGCCGACCCACCAACGCAAACGUCUCCACGAUGCCGCCGGAGUUGAAGACGGUCCUCUGCGGACGGAAGACGGAGAGAAUCAUGAGGACGAGCCGGAGGAAGAAGAUCGUGAUGAUCACGACGAUGUUGAAGCUGAAGAAUCUGAUCGGAGCUCCUUCUCCAGCGACGGAAAGGAUAAAGAAUUUGUCACGGUAAACUUGUCAGAAGUUCGCAAGGAGGUGCAAUGUCCAAUCUGUCUUGGUAUCAUCCGGAAGACGAGAACUGUGAUGGAAUGCCUACACCGUUUCUGCAGGGAAUGCAUUGACAAAUCCAUGCGUCUCGGAAACAACGAAUGCCCUGCUUGCCGUACCCACUGUGCUAGUCGUCGAUCAUUGAGAGAUGAUAAAAAUUUCGAUAAGCUCAUUGCCUACCUGUAUCCAGAUAUUGACAAGUAUGAGGAGGAGGAGUUAGCUUUCAGUGAGGCGGACAAGGUUCGCAGUAAGGAGAUUCAAACAAAUAUUGCUAAGGCAGUGAAGAGACAAACUGAAGCUGUUGUCAGAAAGAGAUCUUCCAAAAAGACAGCAACUGCAGAUUCGCUUAGGAAAUCCCGACAUAACCUUCGAGAUAGUUCUGUGAGAGGACAGAGAAACCAUCAAACAGAUGUCACAAGCGAUGAUGAUGUUGACGGAGUUAGAGAUUCAUCUUCUGCCGAUGAGCGUUAUACAGAGAUCAGACCCAGAAGAAGCAAAAGGGCUAGAGGAGUUUCCUCGUCCCAACACUCUUCUUCUGCAACUAAUAGCUCAGAUAGAAGCAGUGAUGAAAAUAGCUCUGAAGGCGUCAAAGAAUCCACGGGAAAAGUCAGUAGGCUUUUGGGAACCUCUGAGAGACUCUCGUGGGGCAAAGGUGGGGCCCGAAGUCACACACGCCAUGGGAAUGGGAGCUCGGGAAAUGCCAAGAACGCACAGAACAACAACAACAACCGUGUUGCUAAGUUGGUGGAUUACCUUCAGAACCUGAAAAAGAUCGAUAAAGAGAUGGAUAUCCACAUCAUGCUUGUUUCUAUGGACGAGAAAAAGAUACCGAACUUGCAACAGCCUUACCUUAGUUGCAGACACACUUUAACGGUGAAGUCACUGUGCCGGUACAUUGCCCUUCAAAACGCGGCUCAAGCCGACGAGAUUGAGAUAUAUGUGGUGAAGGAGUUGAGGUCCAGAGCCAUGGAGAUCGACCCGAGCCGAGAUGAGCUGCAGGCCGUGAACAAGGAAGAGAACCUUGGUGGGCUUAAGAUGUAUGACUUCCACCAUGGUUAUGUGGUUCUUGCCUACCAAAAGAAAGGUUCGAACGAGAACGAGACAUGACGAGGCGACAAAAGAGGAAAGGAACAUGUAAGAGAGGAAGCUUUACUUACAUA